AUGCUUCAGCAAGACAUCAAGACCAAGGGCCUCCCGGACUUGAAAUUUGUGCCUCUACUACUCCGCACGGGCUGGAUGUGUUUGGGACUUGCCUACAAUCUCCUCAUACUCGCUCUUCUCGUCCGCCUUUGGUACAGACCCAGCUUCACAUUUUCUCACCAGUGGGGCUACUUUGCUAUUCAAAUUCUGCCCCCUAUCCUUGGCAGUAUAACAUCGUCGCUCAUGCGAGCUGUUAUGAUCAGUCUCUAUCGCGUCAUGCCAUUCAUACUAGCAGCAGAACCAAAAGGAUCUACCUUCAAAGCGACUAUUCUUGCUUCGUAUUUCCCGGGACUCGAUCUGUGGAGCUCGAUCCGCACUAAGAAUGGGUUGCUCAUCUCUGGCUGGAUCAUAGACUUCUUGGUCGCUUUCAUCCUAGCCUUCAAAUCGAGUCUACUUAAUACUGAUCGUUACAGCGAUUACGUCGACGUCGUGGUCACUGACUGGGCAGUCCUGUUUCUCAUUGUAAUCUACGCUCUCAUGAUCGGUUACAACCUAAUCCUUAUCUGUAAACUAUACAAUCGUGUCACUGGAUUAAGGUGGGACCCAGUUUCGAUUGCGGAUCACUUCACUCUCCUCCGUCAUAGCGACUUCCUCGAUAGGUUCGAAGGCACAGACAUAGCGACUAGAGGCUCAAUAGAGAAACUUAUUGGGCACGAAGGUCUCAAACUUGGUUAUUGGAAACGAGCUGACGAAGUCUGGCACGGAUUUGGGUUAUUCCCUGGUCGAGAGAAGCGGAGCUCAGGCUCCAGAAACGCACCGGAAAACGAGUUCGGAGAGCAGAUCGAGCUACAGAUCACGAAACCUACAUCUCGAGCAGUUGAUACCCAGAACUAUUCCUCACGGGUAGUUUCAGAGACUCGUUACCGUUCGGUUUGGCUGAACUUUGAACACUGGAUGGCAUAUAUCUGGAUGCUGAUGACCUUGGUACUAUUUGCCGCAUUCACUACUGGCCUGAUUGUUGGACUUGUGGAUGGCAAGUCUAUUUCCAUAUCGUACGGUUGGGCAUCCGCACUCUUUCAGUUCGUCCCUACAGUUCUCAUCAGCCUCUACAACUGGUUUUGGCACGACUUAGAUCUUUUCGCCCGAUCGACGCAGCCCUUUCGAGGAAUGGUGCAAUCGGAAACCGCAACGAAAACGCUACUCCUCGACUACAACACUCUCCCUCCUUUCGUCGUGACGUACUCCGCGUUCUCCAACAAGCACUAUCGAGUGGCAUUUACGUCAAUCGUAGCCAUCGUGCAGCGGAUCCUUCCGGUUCUCGCAGCCGGAUCAACCACAGUCAUCCCUGAAGACCAAGGAGUGACGAUUUUUGCGUCCAAGCCGAUUUUUAUCAUCAUCGCUGCUUGGCUCGGACUCUAUUGUAUCUUCAUUCCGCUUGAGGUGUUUGGCUGGAAUACCUUCAGCAGCUAUGGUAAUCGACACCUCCCGCGGUGCUAUGAUGCUAUCUCAGAUCUCAUAUCCUGGACAUAUGCUAGCAAGAUUCUCCGCUCAAACGAUGGCAAUGCAUUCGAUAUCAACAUGCUAAACAAGGAAAUGGCUGAGAGAUGGUACAUGAACGCCCGUUUAGUGACCGAGCUAGACAGUAGUGGAAAGGAUUUCGCGCGAUACUCAUUCGGCUUGUACGAGUCCGUCAAUCAUAGAGGCGUACAGUGUCUAGGUUUUGACGUUGUCUCAAACGUGAAGACAGUUAAGCGGCGGAGGAGGCAAGACCCGAAAGCAGCAGAGCGAAGCAUCGUUAUGCAUAAGCCGAAAGACUUGGUUCAUCUUCUGGGCGAGAAAAGUGAGCGGCAGACCGACACGCGGACGAACUUCCAGCAGACUAUUCCGGGUCAAGACCAAGAAGCGUAA